CCGGCCGAUCGCAGUCCGCACCGCUGGUCCCAGGAUGCUGAACGUUCCUUCGCCGGCUUUCCCCGCCCCCGGCUCGCAGCAGCGCGCCGCCUCGGGGGGGCGCAGCAAGGUACCUUUAAAGCAAGGCAGAAGUCUUAUGGAUUGGAUUCGACUGACCAAAAGUGGAAAGGAUCUCACAGGAUUGAAAGGAAGAUUAAUUGAAGUAACUGAAGAGGAACUUAUAAAACACAACAAAAAAGAUGAUUGUUGGGUAUGCAUAAGAGGACUUGUUUAUAAUGUUAGUCCAUAUAUGGAAUAUCACCCAGGUGGGGAGGAUGAACUGAUGCGAGCAGCAGGCUCAGAUGGUACAGACCUUUUUGAUCAGGUACAUCGUUGGGUCAAUUAUGAAUCUAUGCUGAAAGAAUGUCUUGUUGGCAGAAUGGCCGUCAAGCCUGUUGCGGUUGCUAAAGAGAAUCAUGAGAAGAAACCUUUAAAUGGCAUACUUCUCAAAAGCAAACUACCAGAUUUACCUGCCAAAGAAAUUUCUCCAAGCUAUGAUUGGUUCCAAACAGAAUCCUUAGUCACCAUUGUCAUAUAUACCAAACAGAAGGAUGUGGAUUCAGAGUCUGUAAUAGUUGACUAUCAAGAUGGUUGCUUUAGAGCAGAAAUUGUUAUCAACGAUUAUUCCUAUCUUCUACAUACUGAGUUGAGCCAUGAAAUUCAAGAGGACAUUACUGCACGUGUUGCAGAAAAAACGGGUAAAGUAGAGAUUAUUCUGAAGAAAAAAGAUAAUGUCUCUUGGAAGUAUCUUGGACAUCCCCUGGAGAAUCAUAAUUCAUUUACUGCACACAGAGAAAAAGGGCUAUACUAUAGGAAGUGCAAGCUGGUUUCCAAGGUGGAUGUUACCCAUGAUACCAAACUUUACUGCUUGAUGCUGCCACCAGAUACUCAUCUUCAGGUGCCCAUUGGGCAACAUGUUUACCUCAAGCUAACUGUUGCAGGUGCAGAAAUAGUGAAGCCGUAUACACCUGUAUUGGAGUCCUUACACUCAGAUUUACAGGAACCACUUCAUCCUCAUAACAAAUAUAUCUAUGUUAUUAUUAAAAUCUACCACACUGGACUUUUCACACCACAUUUUGAUUGUCUUCAAAUAGGGGAUUAUGUUUCUGUGAGUAGUCCUGAGGGCAACUUUAAAAAAUCUCAGCUCCAAGAUUUAGAAGAACUCUUCUUAUUGGCAGCUGGAACAGGUUUUACACCAAUGGUUAAAAUAUUGAAUUAUGCUUUGACUAAUACAACCAGUCUCAGGAAAGUGAAGCUGAUGUUUUUCAACAAGACAGAAGAAGAUAUCCUUUGGAAGAACCAGUUGGAACACUUAGCAGACAAGGAUAGAAGAUUUGAAGUUGAAUUUAUUCUCUCAGAGCCCACUUGUGAAUGGACGGGCAAACAGGGAAGAAUUUCAUUACCUCUUCUUUCUAAGUUUGUGAAAAGAAGCUUGGAAAACUCUAGAGUCCUCAUCUGCAUUUGUGGGCCAGCACCCUUCACAGAACAAGGAAUAAGAUUGCUGAAGGAUCUUAACUUUUCCCAAGAAGAGGUCCAUAGUUUUACUGCAUAGUGAAGAGCUCCUGCAGGAUCUUGCCAAAUUUAUGUAGCUGUUUCUGAGUGCUUGGAUUUUUUUUUUUAAAGGAAACUUUUUUUUAUACACAUAAUAGAAGGUGCCUACAAGGCCAGUCUUAGGGUUUCUUCAGUGACAUGCAGCUGUCUCUUCAAUAACAUCAUUUGUCAGACUUUAUCUUGGCAUUUCGACUGAUUUUACUACUACUGUUGGCUUUUCAUUUGGGUAGUUCAUUAUGGAGACAGUAUUUAAUGCUCUAGAUGAAAAAUGUUAUAGAAUCACUUUUAAAUGAUUCACUGUUCUACUGUAAGGCGCUAUUAUAAGUAUUUUAUGAUUCAUUAUGUGGUAAAUGGUCACUUUGAUCACAUUUCUAUGCUGUAAAAUGUCUUCUUAGCAAUACAGUCUGAAUUUUACAUUGCACUGUUAACUCAGGAAAUGAUCACUUAGGUUCUUGUUAUUAGUAUUAAACUAUGGAAUGUUAUGAUUUAUUGAAUGACCCAAACAAGAUUUUUUUAUGUAUAUGACAUUGAUACAAAGUAGGAUACAAUUAUAUGUAGGUAUUUUUUUAAUCCUCGUUGGAAAUGUGAUGAAUGUAGCAAGGGUGGACCUCUAGCUCUAAAAUCCAUUGUCCCUCUGUGUAUAACUUUAGAGCUGGAAGGGACCCUACAAGUCGUCAGAUCCAACCUUUUCAUUUAUAGAUGAGGAAACUGAGACCCAGAGAAAUUAGAAGUAAGUCAUUCACCCAAGGUCACAAAGCUAGUUAGUAUAUGGCAGCUGGGUCUUAGACCACAGGUAUCCCAACCCCCAGUUGAAAGUUGUAGCAUCUAAGAAGAAUUCAGGGAGAGAGAACUAUUUAGAAUUUUGGAUAAACCUUCGUGAAAAUGCUUGGAUACAGGAGAAAAUAACCCAAGAUAAAUGAUAGUAAAAGAGGCAGGUGUCACUUCUUUAACCAAAGUCAAAUUAAAAAUCUGGGCACAUCAGUGCAGAGAAUGUGACUUUCAUCAGCCAGAAGAAAGCAUUUGAAAGGUUGUUCCAUUGGGGGAGUAGAGAGGUGAUGGUGGGGGGGGAGAAUGCAGACUAGGAGUGGGUUAAGUUCUGAUACUUUAUUUUGAAACUGUUUGGCUGUCUGGUUUUAUAAGGAACAUUGUGUAACUACUUUGUUCUUUGCUUGUCAUUCUUCCCUUACCUCACAGUGGGGAAGUUUCCUGAUGGGGGUGUGAACAGUUUAUUCUUUCUUCUCACCAGUAUUAUAGACCUUCACCUGCUUCCAUGAGAGGCGUGCAGAAAAGGGCUGGCAAGAUAGCUAAAAUGAAGUGCACGUGGAUGGCUGAUUUUAUUGAAUGCCGAGUAAUGAAGUCAAAUAGCUGAAGUGACUUGGAUUUUUUUCAGAUUAGCUUAAUAUAUCAUCAUGUUGGAUAUUGUUUUCAUAGAGGUAAGGUAAAGUCUAACUUUUAUUUUACAAAAUUUGGUAAUUAGGUGACUGGUCUUGUGGCCAAGAACCAUACCUCAUCCUCCCAAUCCCAAUUGAAAAACCCUAAAUUGAGGAGGGAUGGAAAUGAAUGAGAUUCUGAGUUCUAUUACUGAACUUACCUCUAACUAGCUGUAUGAAAUGUGACUUAAACUUCUUUGAAUCUUAUUUUUCCUCAUCUAUAAAAUCAGUUUAUUUUUAAGGCCUCUUCUAGCUCUAAACUUGUAAGUUCAAAUCUUCUAAAGCACUUAAAAGUGUUCUGCAGUUCAGAAUGUCCAGAAAAGUCUUCCUCUACCUCUUUGUACCCCUCUGACUGAACUGAUUUCCCUUAAUUAAGCACCAGCAUUAAAAGAAAUAGUUGCUUAUUCAUUUGUGUUUUCUCUGUAUUAGAACUGGAACAUUGGAAUUUUCUUCUAGUUUUCAUCCUGAAUGUAUAUUUCAUCUACAUUAUGGGAUUAUGUGAGCUAGCCUUGAAACUUAACCACCUCAUUCGUGACUUUUGGGCACCUGGUGACAUUGACAUCCCACCUUUAUAUCCCUUGGCUUCCAUGAUACUCAUAUCUCCUAGUUCUCCUAUCUGUCUGCUUCUUUUCAGACUCCUUUGAGGCCCUUCUUCCUAGGCCCAAAGUAUGGGUGUCCCUGAUGGUUCUAUCCUUCUACCUUCUUUUCUCUAUAUAUUCCCUCCUUUGGUUGUCUCAUAUACUCCUGUAGCCCCAAAACUUCUUCACAGAUGACUCACAAAUUCCAAUCCCUCCCCUGCUGGGCAUCACCUGGCUUUCUCACAGACAGUGUAAAUGUCACAUAUCUAGAAAGUGAAUUGAGAGGCAGUUAGGUCACACAGCAGAUUGUGCACUGGGCCUGGAGUCAGGAAAAUCUGAAUUCUUAUUCAGCCUUCAGAAACUUUCCAGCUAGGUGACCAUGGGCAAGUCACUUCACCUUUGUCUGCCUCACUUUCCUCAGUUGUAAAAUGGGGAUAAUAAUAGCACUCACCCACCAACCUCCCAAGGUUGUUACUCCCUCCCCAUCCUAAACCCAGCCACAUCUAACUUCUAUAUUUCUGUUGGCGGCACCAUCAUCCCUUCAGUCACCAAAGUUUGAAACCUAGGAGACAUUUUUCACCCUUUUAUGUCAUUCUUCCCUCAUCCAUUCAGUUACCAAAUCCUCAUGAUUGCACCAUGGUAAUAGCUGUUUCAUAGAUUUUUUUAAUCAGCCUCACACUGCCACUGCUCUAGCUCAGGUCUUCAUCAUCCCUUUUCUAUACUGUUAAGAGCUCCCUGCCUCUAGUAUCUCUCCCUCCAAUACAUCCUACGCACAGGUGCCCAGAUAUCCUUAGUAUAUAGUUCUUUGAACAUGUCACAUCACAUAUAUGUCAAGGAUUUAGAUUUCAUUGGUGGAGGGAGUUCUUUCACAGCCCAUUAUAACUUAGUUGCCUGGAGCUCAAAGAGAUUGAUUGACUUGCCCAUGGCUAGUAACUGACAGAGGCAAGAUUUGAACCAGGACUUUGUGUCUCCAGUUCCUAGCCUCUGUUCCAUGCCAUAUCUCAACCAUGUCACUCCACUUCUCAGAAACCUUAAGUGUCUCCCUGUUUCCUUCACAGUAAAGUACAAAGCCCCAAGCCUGGCUUUUAAGGGCCUUACUCUGUCUUCAGCAUAUCUUUCCAGCCUUAUUUCACUCUCCCUUUAUGCAAUCUGUAUUCCAGAUGAACUAGAUAUUCCCUGAUAUAAUCCUAGAUACUCCCUGACCUUUUCAUGCACUCAUGCACAUUCUCUCAUCUCUGCAUUCAUACUGAUUGUUCCCUGUUGCUAAGACAUAUUGCAGCCUCAAAUUCUGACUCUUGAAAUUGUUCUCUUCCUUCAGGGUGAGUGGUCCCAGGUCCCAGCUCUUCCAUGAAACCUUCCUAGAGCCUUCCAGUUAGAAAGGAUCCCUCCCUUCUCAGAUUUUCCUGUAAAGUUUCCUUUUCUCUCAUUACUUUCUAACUUGUUACAUAUUUAUGUACAAAUCACAUUCCCUCGUUAGAUUGUAAACCCCAUGAGGGCAGGAAUUAUGUUGGGGGGUUUUUUCAGUCUUUGUAUUGGCACUCAGCACAGUGCCUGGCACAUAGUAGGUGCUUAAUAAAUGUUGGCUGAAGUGAAUUUGAAUUUAUAUAUUAUUCUCCUGAUCCCCAAUCUCCGCACAUAAGGACACAGCUCUUUAUGGAACUUCACACCAUUUGGAAAAGUAAGAAAAAAGAAUAUUUCCAGAGGGCAAUGGAAAUCUGUUUUAUGUUUAAAAAAAAAAGAAAAAAGAAAUCUUGAAGUUCCAUGUGUUUUGCUGAAAUAUAUUUCUUUGGUAAUUUUAAUCAGAUUAAAGAGAGGAAAAUGCCUAA